CAGAAACUUCUCAAACGCGGCAUUCAUCUGUUUCGUUCUCACUCACACAGAUAAUAAUCACAAUGAAUCGAAAAGGACCAAUGCAAAAGAAUGACGAGACGGAUAAGCCGCUCCGUAUCGCUAUUGUGGAAAAAGACCGCUGCAAGCCUAAAAAUUGCGGUUUGCCUUGCAAAAGGUCAUGUCCUGUGAACAAAAUGGGUAAACAGUGCAUUGUCGUGGAGACAACGUCACCUUUAGCAGAGAUAUCCGAGGUUCUAUGUAUUGGUUGCGGUAUCUGCGUCAAGAAAUGUCCUUAUGGAGCUAUCAAAAUCAUCAACUUGCCGGCUAAUCUUGCCAAUGAAUGCACGCAUCGCUACUCUAUGAACUCGUUCAAGCUUCAUCGCUUGCCAACCCCAAGAACUGGAGAAGUGCUUGGUCUUGUUGGAACCAACGGAAUAGGAAAGUCAACGGCUCUCAAGGUGCUCGCAGGCAAACUGAAACCAAAUCUGGGAAGAUAUGACGCACCGCCGGACUGGCCGAGUAUACUCCAGUAUUUUCGGGGUUCAGAACUUCAAAAUUACUUCACUAAGAUCUUGGAGGACAAUCUCAAGGCCGUUGUCAAACCUCAAUACGUUGAUCAAAUACCGAGAGCGGCGAAGGGAAGCGUAGAAUCACUAUUGACUCGAAAAUCUGAUAGAGGCAAUCGGGAACAGGUGCAGAGGGAUAUGGAGCUUGAUGGAUUAUUACAAAGGCAAAUCGAACAACUAUCUGGUGGGGAGUUGCAGCGGUUCGCCAUUGCAAUGUGUUGCAUUCAGAAGGCCGACGUUUAUAUGUUUGAUGAACCCUCAUCGUAUCUGGAUGUAAAACAGCGUUUAAGGGCAGCCGCUCUUAUCAGAGAUAUGAUCUCGGCUACCACAUACGUGAUCGUUGUGGAACACGAUCUUGCCGUUUUGGACUAUCUCUCUGACUUUAUUUGCUGCCUAUACGGCGUGCCUGGAGUGUACGGCGUAGUAACUUUGCCAUCAGGAGUACGGGAAGGCAUCAAUAUGUUCUUGGAUGGAUUUAUUCGAACUGAAAACAUGCGAUUCCGCGACGAUAAGCUGAGCUUCAAGGUUUCUGAGCAAAUUGACGAAGUUAUCAAGCGGACAGGAAAUUUCAAGUAUCCAGCUAUGUCAAAGAACCUUGGCUCUUUCAAGUUAGAUGUGGAAGCUGGUGAUUUCUCCGAUUCUGAGAUUAUUGUCAUGCUUGGAGAGAACGGAACAGGAAAAACCACCAUGAUUAGGAUGUUGGCGGGAUCACUCAAACCAGAUGAAGAAGUAGAAAUGCCCAAUAUGAGCAUCUCUUAUAAGCCGCAGAAGAUUAGUCCAAAAUACGAAAAUAUUGUCCGGCAUAUGCUUCACGACAAGAUUCCGAAUAUGUACAUGCAUCCGCAGUUCAAAUCUGAUGUAAUGAAUCCUUUGAUGAUGGAUCAGCUCAUGGACAGAGAGGUUCAAACACUCUCUGGAGGAGAACUGCAGCGGGUAGCACUGGUACUUUGCUUGGGAAAAACUGCUAGCGUGUAUCUUAUCGAUGAACCGUCUGCCUAUCUCGAUUCAGAACAACGUCUUCAUGCAGCUAAAGUCAUAAAAAGAUUCAUCAUGCACGCUAAGAAGACCGCUUUUGUUGUUGAGCACGAUUUCAUCAUGGCAACUUAUCUCGCCGACCGCGUCAUUGUCUUCGACGGAGAGCCAUCUGUGCAUGCUACGGCCCGGAAGCCCCAGAAUUUACAAGAAGGUAUGAACAGAUUUUUGAAAAUGCUCGAGAUCACAUUCCGCCGUGAUAAUGAGUCGUAUCGACCAAGAAUAAACAAGAAAGAUUCAAUAAAAGAUAUGGAACAGAAGAAAAGUGGCCAGUUCUUUUUCAUGGAUGAGGCUUAGGUAUUUUGUUGACUAGUACGUAUUGGUUAACCAUCUACAAUCCUUUUUAAGUCCCUUAUGCUUGUCAGACUUUACUUAGAUCAUUGUUUUCAUUGACUUAUAUAAGUGCUUGUUGAUUUCUGUUUUUUUUUACUCUACUUUCUUGUUAGCCAAGGGUUAUCUGUAAAGACGUUGGACUUUCCUUUCUUUGCUCUGCUAAUCUACAAGCCUAGGAUUGGUAGGUGUGUUUCUUACUGAGUCACAUUAGGAGAUUUAACUUCAUCAAGUGAUAGAAAGUUUUCAAAAUUUCGGUAGCAGAAAACAUCACCGUAAGAGGCGAGGUUGGUGACAUCUACGCAGAAAUCUUUAAUAUGGUUAAUCUGAUAGGUGAAGCGCUUUUUGGAACCUUAGCCUGUUUUCGGCCAAUCACAACACAACCAACUUUAAUGUCCGUAAUUUGGGACCACACAACCAGAAACUAGAGGAAUUGGUGUUGGAAAUCUAUGGAUUUGCUUUCGUGAUAGGUUCUUUUCAUAAUUAUUUGUGCUUGAUAGACUAUGGGAAAUAACCCUGUGUUAUAGAGCCCGCUGUCAUUGUAUUGUUUUUUUUAUUCCUAUUUAUAUCAGAUUCGCCUUUCGAUUGGUAAACCGUUUGUUGAACUCAAUUCUUGUUGAUUGUUUCAAAGUAUUUUGGGUGUUGAUUAUGAAGGUU